CGCCGUCUCGCCGCUAGCCUGUCUCACCUCGCGGCCGGCAGCCUUGCGCGACGCGCCGCGCUAUUUCACAUUCAAAAUUAUUCGCAACCAUUGCAAAAAUCUGUGCAAUAAUAAAAAAAUACUACUCUUCAAAAACGGCUGCAAUAAAUCUUUACACAAAGUUUUUUUUAGAAACUUUUCAAAAAUUAAGUGCCUUUGUAACUUUCAAUGCACUCCUCGUUGCAUGUCCCGCGCGCGUCGUUAUGAGAACCCCGUACUGGCGGUCACGUUGACGUCGCGCGGUGCCGCCAUAUCUGUCUCGGCCACCAACUAGCAAAAUUAAUAGGGUCAAGUCAAAAUACAUACUCAAAAUAGUUUCCCCUCACUAGUUUUGAAAGUGACGACCCGCGAAUUCGCUAUUUGAAAAUAAAGUUUGCCCGGAUGGAAUGAGGAGUGCACUUUCUCAUUGUUUUUCAUAUGUUUGAACAUCAUUUGUUUUUUUGUUUUUCGGACGAUUAGAGACUACAAUUUUCUUCCAAAAUUACAAAAAUUACAAAUUAAGAAUGGCGGAGGGCAAUGGAGAGGUAUCCAUUGAAGAGGUGCCUGGAAGAGACUCCGAUGUUGGCCGAACACCAGAUUACCGCAAACUUAUUGAGUAUGGGUUGGAUCCUAAGGUGGCAGCCAAGCUGGACGACAUUUAUAAGACUGGAAAGCUAGCGCACGCUGAAUUGGACGAGCGUGCGUUAGACGCCUUAAAAGAAUUUCCGACCGACGGUGCUUUAAGUGUACUUGGACAAUUUUUAGAAUCAAAUCUCGAGCAUGUAUCUAAUAAAAGUGCUUAUUUAUGUGGGGUUAUGAAGACUUAUAGACAGAAAAGCCGCGCCGGCGUGCAGGCCCCCGCCGCGCCCGCUGUGCAAGUCAAGGGCCCUGAUGAAGACAAAAUCAAGCAGAUCCUACAACGAACCGGCUACACGUUAGAUGUCACAACAGGGCAGCGCAAGUACGGCGGCCCCCCGCCCGGCUGGGAGGGCAACACGCCCGGCUCGGGCUGCGAAGUCUUCUGCGGGAAGAUCCCCAAGGACAUGUACGAGGACGAGCUCAUCCCGCUGUUCGAGCGCUGCGGCACCAUCUGGGACCUGCGCCUCAUGAUGGACCCCAUGACGGGCACCAACCGCGGCUACGCCUUCGUCACCUUCACGUCGCGCGACGCCACGCAGCGCGCCGUGCACGAGCUCGAUAAUUACGAAAUAAAACCGGGGAAGACCUUGCGAAUUAAGAUUAGCGUACCGAACCUUCGACUUUUCGUCGGCAACAUUCCCAAGUCUAAAGGCAAAGAGGAGAUACUGGAAGAGUUUGGUAAAUUAACAGCGGGACUCGUGGAAGUGAUAAUAUAUAGCUCGCCCGAUGACAAGAAGAAAAAUAGAGGAUUUUGUUUUUUGGAAUACGAGUCCCACAAAGCGGCGUCCCUAGCGAAACGCCGGCUCGGAACGGGCAGAAUAAAGGUUUGGGGCUGUGAUAUAAUAGUCGAUUGGGCGGACCCUCAAGAAGAACCUGACGAAGAAACUAUGAGUAAGGUGAAGGUGCUGUACGUGCGGAACCUGACGCAGGAGAUAUCGGAGGAGGCUCUGAAGGACGAGUUCGAGCGCUUCGGCACCGUGGAGCGCGUCAAGAAGAUCAAGGACUACGCCUUCGUGCACUUCGAGGACCGGGAUUGUGCAGUUAAGGCGAUGCAAGAACUAGACGGCAAGGACGUGGGCGGCGCGCGCCUCGAGGUGUCGCUGGCCAAGCCGCCCUCGGACAAGAAGAAGAAGGAGGAGAUCCUGCGCGCCAGAGAGAGACGCAUGAUGCAGAUGAUACACGGCCGCGGCGGCGAUGAUUGCUUCAGCUGUUCCCCCGGCGCCAUGGGGUCGGUGCGCGGGCGCGCGCCCCCCCCGCACGCGCGCGCGCCGCAGGCCCGCGGAGACUACGGACGAAGAGCUAGGUCUUGGAGCCAACUCCCUUUACUACGAUCUAGCCGGAGGCAUUCAGGGGGCUGGGUCAUGUGGGACGGGCGGUCGCUGGGCGCGGCGCGCGGCCGCGGCUGGGCCCCGUGGUGGUACGCGUCGCGGCGCGCGUGGCCGCCCCACUCCCAGCGCCAUCCGUGGCAACCCGCGCGCCAAGCCAAGUUUACCAGCUUGUUUGAUGGUAUGCGUGUAAUCUGGAUUUUGAAAUUUUCCCUAUCGGUAAACGUAAAUAUGACGGGGGUCACCAGAACCAAGGGGGGGACAGCAAGCGGCGCAUGGUGGAGGUGGGCGCGUGGGACGCGGCGCCGGCGGACGCGGCCAGCUAGCGGCGCGGCGGCGCGGGGUAGGGCGCGGGGCGCGCGGCGCGGGGAGCGCGGGGAGCGACGGCACUGGGACGCGGAGGUCCCCUUGUUUCUGAUGAUGCACUACAAACUACGCAGGGGGUAUGCCGCCCGUUAAGUCUCGGUUCAUGGUUACGUUUACGUUUAACGGCACACGAGUGCCAACCCUUUUUUUCUACAUAUGUGUUUUUUUUAUUAAUUUGAUUUUCACGUUUUCAUCACUUUUUUUGUAUCGCGACGAUUCCGUAAAAAUCUUAAAGUAGGACGUUAUGAAAUGUUUCGAAUAUAAGUUUCCCGUUAUGCUUAUGUUUUUUUUUCAGUCUUGUAUUAGCCGUAUAUAUAUUUAAUAUAUACUUUAUUGUAAGGGGCCGCGCGCGGCGGUUGCCUGUUUGCCUCGCGCGGCUCGGGUCUAAUGACCGAUGACUGUCUGUUUUUUUAAUACAUGUUAUUCAAUAUAUUUUAUUCCUGCGAACGCAUUUUGCGAUGUGAUGUGUAUUUUAGCAGUAAUUAUUAUAUUAUAAGGAGUUUGACUGUUGUUUUUUGACAUACUUACAACUUAGGAUAUUACUUGAGAAUGAAUUAAAUGGAAUGAAUUACAACUCAACGAUUCUAGAAAUUACGGCUAAAAUAAAACACGAUGUAUCGACAACAUUUCCCAACUGUGUUCCUGCUUUAGUUUUUUGCUUUAUUAUUAUUACAUAUUCUCCUUAAAAUACAUUAGCGUGAGGAAGUAGUAUUGUAAAGUCCAGGAUUCUGUAAUCUUAUUAUUGCUGUACUAAACAUUAUUAUUUUUUGUAUUUCGACCACAUAGCAUGUCCUUACUGUUAGAACUCUGACUUGUAUCAAUCUUGUAUCAGUUUAAUAUGUGGAAUAAAUUGCAAAACUGUGUUUGCCUUAUUA